ACUUUGAAUUACCGACUUUUGCAAGAUGCAGUCAAUGAAAUGUUUCCAGAUACAAUUUCAGAAGAAACAAGAAAAGCACAUGUCACAUUAGUCCUUGAAGAAUUGUGCAAAUUAUUUAUCAGUCAAUGUGCGAACUUAAAAUCUAUUCAAUACAUCGGUUACCCGUCACUUAGUCCUUACAUAAUUGCGAUUCCUUCUCGAUCUAUCGAUCCAAUUUUUAUUGAUUUAUGUGGGCUUCCUGGUGCCGAGGCUUGUCUGUCCAAAUUACAAAUCGUCAAGGAACUUGAAAGUUUGACUAUUACGUCACUUGGAGAUGACAAUGAAGGAUUAAUAGCAUUAAUAGAUGCUCAAACCAAGCUACAGCAUGUUAAAAUUCAUGCACACGAGAAUAUACCAAAUAUUAUAUCAGCAAUUCAAUCCAAAACCGAAACGAUCAAGAAAGUUUCUAUCAUCGGUCGCACCUCUAUUCUUCUGGAUGACUUUUGUGGAUUUUCCAACCUUGAAGAGUUGACAUUGGAAUUAUUAGAAUUCCCUUAUAAUCGUCUUUCAAGAAGCUCUUUAUGGGUUACUCAAGCCGAAAAGCAAGAAAUACUCCGAAGGCAAAGAGAAUUUCAACAGUCUUUUCACCAAGCACAAAUCCAAUAUCAAGUACAAGGUGCCCCAGUUGUCCAACCAGUGGCUCAACAGCAGCCUCAACCUCAACAGGUAGCAACCCAAAAUCAAAAUCAAGGGAACGCAUCUCAAACACAAAACCAACCUACGCCUUCUACGUCUCAAACACAAGACCUAUCUGCAGCUCCUGUUUCUCAAGAUAUUUUUCAAGAUAUUUCUUCUACUUCUCAAGUACAAAGUCAACCUACAACAUCUACGUCUGUAGCUCAACCAGAAGAUCAUUCUUUAGAUCAAAUACAAGAUCAAAAUGCAGACCAAGAUCAGAAUCAAUCUACCACCCAAACUCAAGUUCAACCUAUUGCUACGACUAACACACCAAACCAAACUCCAGGCGGACGAG